AUGGCUAAUGAGCGGACGCCGCUCAUCACCAACGUCUACGUUGGUGCGCCCCGACCGCGCUACCAGAAUCACGUACUGCGGCGCUUCUGUACCAUCGCGCUCUCCUCCAUCCUCAUCUUCUGGUCCGUCUUCUUUGUCGUUGCGCUAUUCGUCGACGAUCCACCCCGACACCACCACCACCAUCACCACCAUGGCUGGUCCCUGACCAACAGCUUCAGCCGUGCGCCCAUCACUCACGAGGAGGUUCAGAAGAUCCUCUUCGAGGUUCCCUCAUCUGAGAAGGCCGAGGAAUGGAGCAGGUACUAUACUGCUGGACCCCAUCUCGCAGGUCAAAACUACUCCCAGGCAAGUAAUGCUUUGUGGACCAAGGAAAAGUGGGAGUCUUGGGGAAUCCAGUCCGAAAUUGUUGCCUACGAUGUGUACAUCAAUUACCCCGUAGACCACAGUCUUUCUCUGCUCUCCAAGUCCAAGGACGAGGAAGAGUCCGCUUGGAAGGUCGAGUUCAAGGCCGCGCUUGAGGAGGAUGUGCUCGAGGAGGAUCCCAGCUCCGGUCUGCCGAACCGCGUGCCGACUUUCCACGGCUACUCCGCCAGCGGCAACGUCACCGGAUCCUUCGUCUUCGUCAACUACGGCACGUACCAGGACUAUGAAGAUCUCGUCAAGGCCAACGUCAGCCUCGAGGGCAAGAUCGCCAUUGCCAAGUACGGCGGCAUUUUCCGUGGUCUCAAGGUCAAGCGUGCGCAGGAGCUCGGCAUGAUUGGUGCUCUGUUGUAUAGCGACCCUGGUGACGACGGCAAGGUUACGGAGGAGAACGGCUACGAAGCCUACCCCGAUGGCCCCGCCCGUCACCCGAGCGCCGUCCAGCGCGGAAGCGCCCAGUUCCUCUCCGUCCGGCCCGGUGACCCCUCCACCCCGGGUUACCCCUCUAAGCCCGGCGCCCCUCGCGCCCCUGUGGACGAUGCCACUCCUUCUAUCCCCUCCAUUCCCAUCUCCUACGCCGACGCCAUCCCAAUUCUCAAGGCACUGAAUGGCCACGGCCCCUCCAUCAAGGACUUCAACAAGUACUGGAACCGUAACCUCGGCCUCGCAUACAAGGGCGUCGAGUACAACAUCGGCCCUACCCCUGACAACGUCGUCCUGAACCUUUACAACGAGCAAAACUACACCACGACACCUCUAUGGAACGUCAUUGGUAUCGUCAACGGCACCAUUCCCAACGAGGUUAUCGUCGUCGGUAACCAUCGCGACGCCUGGAUCGCCGGCGGCGCCGGUGACCCCAACAGCGGCUCCUCCGUCCUCAACGAAGUAAUCCGCGGCGUCGGAGUCGCAGUCGCAUCCGGCUGGAAGCCAACCCGCACAAUCGUUUUCGCCUCCUGGGACGGCGAGGAGUACUCCCUUAUCGGCAGUACGGAGUGGGUCGAGGAAUACCUCCCCUGGCUCUCCGCCGCCUCGGUGGCCUACGUCAACGUCGAUGUCGGCGUCCGCGGCCCUCACUUCAGCACCUCCGCCGCGCCCCUCCUCCACAAGGUCCUCCGUGAGAUCACCCACAUCGUCCCCUCGCCCAACCAGACCGUCCCGGGCCAGACCGUCGGCGACGUCUGGAACGGCCGCAUCAGCACCAUGGGCUCCGGCUCCGACUUCACCGCCUUCCAGGACUUCGCCGGCAUCCCCUCUAUCGACAUGGGCUUCGGCGGCGAGAACGAUGAGGCCGUGUAUCAGUACCACUCCAACUACGACUCCUUCCACUGGAUGGAGAAGUUCGGCGACCCGGGCUUCGUCUACCACCGCACCAUGGCCCAGAUCCUCGGCCUCGUCGUCGCCGAGCUCUCCAACGUGCCCGUAAUCCGCUUCAACGCCACCGACUACGCCGACGCCCUCUCCGGCUACGUCGACCAGGUCGAGGCCAAGCUCGCCGCCGCGGAGCCCGUCACGGAUGACGAGGUCUUUCGCCAGCGCGCCAGCAUCGCCGUCGCUAACGCCGAUGCGCAGGGCUCGCAGUCGCAGUUCCGCGCCUCCCUGCAGGUCCUGCGCACCUCCAUCGCCGCCUUCCGCGAGAAGGCGUGGAACCUCGACGAGACGGCCGCCUGGGUCGAUUGGGAGCUCAAGGAGGACAUCCCCUGGUGGAACAUCAUCCGCAAGAUCAAGCUCGGCCUCACCUUCGUGUGGGUAAACAAGAGCUACAAGGGCAUCGAGCGCAACUUCUUGUACCCCGGCGGCCUGGAUGGGCGCAGCUGGUUCAAGCACGUCGUGUUCGCGCCCGGCCUGUGGACUGGAUAUGCUGGAGCUGUCUACCCUGGUCUGCAGGAGAGCAUCGACGCCAAGGACUACAUCAACGCCGUCAAGUGGUCCGGCAUCAUCAACGAGUGUGUCGCUUCUGCCACCAAGGGCAUCUGA